AUGGCGUCCGGAUAUGGAAUGCACGGUGGCGUUGGCCGCUGCUUUCCCUUUUGGCAAGAGGUCAUGGCCUGCUAUGUCGUCAACACAUCUGCAGAGGACGACUCGGGCAAGAAAAAGUGCUCGCCUGUGCUAGAAGAUUACUACGAGUGCCUUCACCACAAGAAGGAGCACGCCAGAGCGCUGGCCAUGCAGGCGGCAUACGCGCGAUCUGAGUCGGCGACGCCCCGAGACGAUGCCCCGAGCGCCAGGCAAAUACGGAACCUGGGCCUGCUGGGCAAGGAGGAAGAUUCUAAGAAGGUCAUUGGGAGCAGCUGA